CUGCGAACAUGACAAAAAAACGUGGCAUCCGCUAGACCAUCAUCGAUAUAGGUAUAUCGUCCAGCAACAACGGAUUUCUCGUUCACUUUGUUCGGGUCUGUUGCCGAAAUAGCAUAGCCUUUUGAUUUUCUUUCAUUCAAUUGCAAUAAAUCUAAUCCAACAUGGGUAAAGAAAAGGUUCAUAUUAACAUCGUCGUCAUUGGACACGUCGAUUCUGGUAAAUCCACCACCACCGGUCAUUUGAUCUACAAGUGCGGUGGUAUCGACAAACGUACCAUUGAAAAAUUCGAGAAGGAAGCCCAAGAAAUGGGCAAAGGUUCCUUCAAAUACGCAUGGGUGUUGGACAAAUUGAAGGCUGAACGUGAGCGUGGUAUCACCAUUGAUAUUGCCUUAUGGAAAUUCGAAACAGCUAAGUACUAUGUUACCAUCAUCGAUGCCCCUGGCCAUCGUGAUUUCAUCAAGAACAUGAUUACUGGUACUUCACAAGCUGAUUGCGCUGUGUUGAUUGUUGCCGCUGGUACUGGUGAAUUCGAAGCCGGUAUCUCAAAGAACGGUCAGACCCGUGAACACGCUCUUCUUGCUUUCACCUUGGGUGUCAAGCAAUUGAUUGUUGGUGUUAACAAGAUGGAUUCAUCUGAGCCACCAUACAGCGAGAACCGUUAUGAGGAAAUCAAGAAGGAAGUCUCCUCAUACAUCAAGAAGAUUGGUUACAAUCCAGCUGCUGUUGCAUUCGUACCAAUUUCUGGAUGGCACGGUGAUAACAUGUUGGAACCAUCAUCCAACAUGCCAUGGUUCAAGGGAUGGAAGGUUGAACGCAAGGAAGGAAAUGCUGAAGGCAAGUGCUUGAUUGAAGCUUUGGAUGCUAUCCUUCCCCCAUCCCGCCCAACAGACAAGGCUCUCCGUCUGCCACUCCAGGAUGUCUACAAAAUCGGUGGUAUUGGAACAGUACCAGUCGGUCGUGUUGAAACCGGUGUCUUGAAGCCAGGUUGUGUUGUUGUUUUCGCCCCAGCUAACAUCACCACUGAAGUUAAGUCCGUUGAAAUGCAUCACGAAGCUUUAGUCGAAGCUGUUCCCGGAGACAAUGUUGGUUUCAACGUUAAGAACGUCUCAGUCAAGGAAUUGCGUCGUGGUUACGUCGCUGGUGACUCCAAGAGCAACCCACCCAAGGGAGCUGCUGACUUCACCGCUCAGGUCAUCGUGUUGAACCACCCUGGCCAGAUCUCGAACGGUUACACUCCAGUGUUGGAUUGCCACACCGCUCACAUUGCUUGCAAAUUCGCCGAAAUCAAGGAGAAGGUCGAUCGUCGUUCUGGUAAGACCACCGAAGCCAACCCCAAGGCCAUCAAGUCUGGUGAUGCCGCCAUCGUUACAUUGGUGCCAAGCAAGCCAUUGUGCGUUGAAUCUUUCUCUGAAUUCCCACCUUUGGGACGUUUUGCCGUACGUGAUAUGAGGCAAACUGUUGCCGUCGGUGUCAUUAAGUCUGUGAACUUCAAGGAUGCCAGCGGUGGCAAGGUGACCAAGGCCGCCGAAAAGGCUGUCAAGGGCAAGAAAUAGCUGCAAUUAAUGCAGAUAUUUCAGCAGCAUCAUAACGAAUGCACCAAUUACUCAACCAACACCAACAAUAUGAGCGAUGCAGCUAACAGCAAUAACAACAGCGAUAGCAGCAGCGCAACAACAACAACACUAGCAGCAACAACAACACUGAAAAAAAUAUUUGAUAGAAAAUAUCAUUGCUUCCAUCGUAAAGAGUUUCGCAGGAAAGGAGGAGACGGGUCUCCGUAUUCAUUCCAUCUACUACUACUACAUUUAAAAAUAACUAUUUAAAAAAACUAUUUUUUACUCAUUUAUUUUUUUUUUUAUAAAGAGAAAAAUACAACAAACAUUACCCACAAACACUA